CUUUGUUGCCGGUUUGCCGGUUGUUUACUUUCCCUUCUUUCUACACGCUCCUCUCCAAAAAUCUUUUGCCUCCAUGACACUUGCCAAUUUCAUUCGUACAGUGGCCGGUUCCAUCAAACACUUCCCAAAUCCCGCAUCCAGCAGUAAUCACCGCCUAGCUACUUUAACCGCUAGAAGGACAGCCACAUCCGCUGCAACCAUGGCAAACUGUGUACGCGAAAUCGAAGGUGACCUCUUUAGCGCUCCCAAGGACCAUUCGCUGGCACACUGCGUAGCCGCUGAUCUAAAGAUGGGCGCGGGCAUUGCGGUCCGGUUCAAGCAGCUGUACGGCAAGGUGGACGAGCUUAAGACACAAAACGUUGGUGUCGGUGGAGUGGCCAUGUUGGCCGACGGUCCACAGCGAUACGUCUAUUAUCUCAUUACGAAGAAAACGUACAAUCUGAAACCUACGUACGAUGAUCUGACCAAAUCUUUGCAGGCCAUGAGAGAGCAUAUGGCGAACAAUGGCGUGGAAAAGUUGGCCAUUCCACGCAUUGGCUGCGGUAUUGAUGGACUCGAGUGGAACAAGGUGAAAGAAAUCCUGAACCACGUAUUCGGCGAGAGCGGUUCGUACGAAAUCGUCGUCUAUAACUUUGUCCCGAAGUGACCGCUUUCCGAAAUGCUCCUCACCGAAUGUUCCUUACGCGUGAAGAAAACUCAAGCAAAUUAGUAAUAAAACGA